AUGCCUCAGCAAGAGUUUAUGGAGCUUCACAGGAAGCGCUUCGGAAAACGUCUCGAUGAGGAAGAGAGAGAACGCAAGAAGGAAGCGAAAGAAGGUGUUCGUGUUUCUGUUCUCUCAAGAACUUUGCGUGGAAUUAAAGCCAAGAUUUUCCAUAAAGACAGAUAUAAACAGAAAGCAGAAAUGAAGAAGACUAUCAACACAUUCGAGAAAUCCAAAGUCGCUGAUACAAAGAAGAAAGCAAUUGGCGAUGAACCACUUCCAGUUUAUCUCAUGGAUCAAAACGUUACAAGAACAGCUGAUGUAUUGAGCAACUCUCUUAAGCAAAAGAGGAAGGAACGUGCUGGAAAGUGGGAUGUUCCACUUCCUCAAGUCCGACCAAUCGCAGAAGAUGAAAUGCUUCGUGUUCUCAAGACAGGUAAGACAGGACGCAAGAAAUGGAAACGUUUGGUUAACAAAGUUUGCUAUGUUGGUGAAGAUUUCACAAGAAAACCACCAAAACUCGAAAGAUACGUUCGUCCAGUUGGCCUUCGUUUCAAGCAGGCCAAUGUUACACAUCCACAACUUGGGCAAACAUUCCUCUGCCCAAUUAUCGGCGUAAAGAAGAAUCCAAAUGGUCAAACAUACACAGGACUUGGUGUUAUCACAAAAGGUACAAUCAUAGAAGUAAAUGUAUCUAAAAUGGGCCUUGUUACUCCAACAGGUCGCAUUGUUUGGGCAAAAUACGCUCAAGUUACAAAUGCUCCUGAAAAUGAAGGUUGCAUCAAUUCUGUACUUCUUAUAUAG